AUGCUACUGUUUUUAACAUUUAUCCAAACUAUAUUUCAUUAUUCGUUUUCACAAACAACUCAGAAUAUCAACGUUUUAUUAAUUAACGAAGAAAAUAAUGCUUUGGCCGAGAAAUCUUUUGAAGUAGCUAAGGAGUAUGUUAAGAGAAAUCCUAGUUUGGGACUUGCUGUCGAUCCUAUUAUUGUCGUCGGUAACCGGACUGAUGCUAAGGUGUUUUUAGAAAAUGUUUGUAGAAAAUAUACAGACAUGGUGUCAGGAAAGAAACCACCACACGUCGUACUUGAUUUCACAACGACUGGAGUCGGGUCAGAGACUAUUAAAUCAUUUACUUCAGCGCUAGGUUUGCCCACUGUUUCUGGGUCUUUUGGCCAAGAAGGUGACCUGCGACAGUGGCAAAGUUUGAAUUUUAAUCAAGCACGUUACUUGCUCCAAGUAAUGCCACCGGCGGAUCUACUACCAGAGUUGAUACGUGCUAUUAUUAGAAAGCAAGAUAUAACAAACGCCGCUGUUCUUUUCGAUGAUUAUUUUGUGAUGGAUCACAAAUACAAAUCUCUUUUACUUAAUAUGCCAACACGACACCUGAUAACACCCGUGAAAAGUCUCAGUGUAGACGACAUUAAAACACAACUUCAAACUUUACGAGAGCUUGGAAUUACUAACUUUUUUGUAAUCGGUAGCUUGCGAACUAUUCACAACGUACUAAACGCUGCCAAUGAAAAGGAGUAUUUUGGUAGAAAAACUGUUUGGUUUGCACUAACUCUGGACAAGGGAGACAUAAGUUGUCAAUGCAAUGCUACUAUUGUUUUAAUGCAACCCACUCCAGAUGCUAGCAGUAAGGACCGAUUAGAAAAAUUAAAAACAACCUACAACAUGAAUGGAGAGCCAGAGAUUAUAUCUGCAUUCUAUUUUGAUUUGUCACUACGAACAUUUUUGGCUAUCAAGUCACUACUUGACUCUGGCAUGUGGCCGAAGAGCAUGAAAUACAUCGGUUGUGAUUACUUUGAUGGUAAAAACACUCCCACGAGGAUGAUAGACUUAAAAACUGCGUUCAAAGAAAUCAAAGAAACUUCAUCGUAUGCACCAAUUUUUAUUCCAAAUAGGGGUUCAAUGAACGGAAGAAGUUACGUGGAGUUCACAACGAAUUUAUCGGCCGUGACGAUACAGGAUGGUGUCUUAAUUGGUACCAAGUUGUUAGGAAAGUGGAAAUCUGGUUUUUCAAAUGCCUUAAAUCUAACAAAUGUAGAUAUGACCAACUAUUCCGCUCCACUGGUUUAUAAAAUUGUUACUGCCUUGAAACCGCCAUUCGUAAUAAAAGACGAGAAAGCACCUAAAGGGUUUAAAGGCUAUUGUAUCGAUAUGAUAGACGAAAUAAGUCAGAUGCUUAAAUUCGAUUACGAAAUAAGUGUUUCACCAGACGGUAAGUACGGAUAUAUUGAUAAGCAUGGGAAUUGGAAUGGAAUUAUAAAGGAAUUGAUAGAGAAAAGGGCAGAUAUAGGCCUGGCCGCGAUGUAUGUGAUGGCUGAGAGGGAGGAAGUGGUGGACUUUACAGUCCCAUAUUACGAUUUGGUCGGAAUCACUAUUUUGAUGAAGGUACCGCGAAAGUCAACAUCACUGUUCAAAUUUUUAACGGUUCUAGAAGAUGACGUCUGGUUCUCGAUACUCACCGCUUAUUUCUUUAUUAGUUUCUUGAUGUGGGUAUUUGAAAAAUGGAGCCCAUACAGUUACCGGAAUAACCGAGAAGUGUAUAAAGAUGAUGACGAGAAACCCGAGUUCACGCUGAUGGAGUGCUUACGGUUCUGCAUGACGUCAUUAACGCCUCAGGGCGGAGGGGUGAUCCCAAAGAACCUCUCCGGACGGCUAUUGGCUGCUACUUGGUGGCUUUUUGGCUUCACCAUAGUAUCAUCAUAUUCCGCGAAUUUGGCUGUAUUCCUGUCUGUGUCGCGUAUGGACACUCCAAUAGAGUCCUUGGAUGAUCUUUCCAAACAGUACAAGAUCAAGUAUGGACCCGUCAACCCAUCUACUACCAUGUUCUACUUUAAAAGAAUGGCAGAUAUUGAGUCCAAGUUUUAUGAGAUAUGGGAAGAAAUGAGUCUUAACGAUAGCCUAAGUGACGUGGAGCGAGAUGAGCUUGAUGUUUCGGAAUACCCAGUUAGUACUAAAUAUACGAAAAUGUGGGAGGCGAUGACGGAAGCCGGGAUGCCGAAAACAGAGGAAGAAGCUAUUGCUAGAGUUGAAGCUUCUAAGAGUUCACGGGAAGGCUUCGCGUGGAUCACUGAUGCCUCUGAUGUUAGAUAUCUUGUCAUGAAGAAUUGUGAUUUACAAAUGGUUGGAAAUGAAUUUUCCAAAAAACCUUACGCCAUCGCGGUUCAAAAUGGAUCACCACUAAAAGAUCAGUUCGAUAGAGUCAUAAUAAAGCUAAGUAACGAUCGCAUACUAGAAGCAAUCAAAGAAAAAUGGUGGAAUGAUAAUCCAGAAACCGCUAAAUGUGAGAUAGUGGACGAUUCGUCAUACGGAGUUUCUAUUCAGAACAUUGGAGGAGUAUUUAUUGUUACCUUCGUAGCAAUCAGCCUCGCUUGCAUUACUGUGGGCCUGGAACAUUGGUGGCACAUAUUUAGAAAGCGACCCGCCGUUACAUCUGUCUCUCAGAUACAGCCAGAGACAAAAACCUCCAAGCUUCUUCUAUUCACAAAGGAAAGUGAUAUAAACAUUUCUCGAUCAAAUCUAGAAACAUAG